AUGCGCCAAGUCAUUUUUAUGUUGGGCUUUAUAGUUCUUUGGGAUCCAGUAAGUAUUCUGGCUAGUGAUCCUGCUAAAUCACUAUUUCUACGCGACAGUAGUGGAAUUACUAUUACUGUCACCACAGAUGUUACGGAAACAGAGUGUACUUGCACAGAAACCAGUGCAGCGUCCACAACGUCUUUUCUUAGCACAACAACUGCACCCAUGAGCUUGACCACCGAUACCAUUGUUGUGACAGUUCCAGUUACCCAAACAGAAACACUUCCAGGGAAUGAACAUACUGUAACUGAGACUGUGUCAACGCCGACUACAGUUAUAGUCUCCUAUUUUAGUACAGGCGCUACAGUUGUGACAGUUCCUGUUACCCAAACCGACACACUUCCAGGGAAUGAACAUACUGUUACUGAGACUGUGUCAACGCCGACUACAGUUAUAGUCUCCUAUUUUAGUACAGGCACUACAGUUGUGACAGUUCCUGUUACCCAAACCGACACACUUCCAGGGAAUGAACAUACUAUAACUGAGACUGUGCCAACGCCGACGACAACACUACAGUCACACACUUUGGGAGAACGGACUUACUAUAACCGAGACCGUGCCAACGCCGACGACAGUAACGGUCUCCUAUUUCAGUACGGACACGCUUUCGGGGAACGAACAUACUAUAACCGAGACUGUGCUGACACCGACGACAUUCCUGUUACCCGAACUCGCACGAUUCCGGUGACUAAUGUCAUAUCAUCUGUUACCCAAGCAGAUACGGCUUUGGGAAAAGAACUUGGCAUUACCACGCCAGACACCUCAAUAAGGAUAUGUCCUAGUCUGAAGACUAAUCCAACAUAUACUCCUCCGACUCCUUUGCCUACGAACUACCUAUGGGGCUGCCCGCCAAACACGCUAUGCAAUCCCAACCACACCGAAAGAUGUAUUGAGGCCAGUUUACCUGCAGAAUCUUAUGUAUGUAGCCCUGAAAAUUGUAUUGAGACCCCUCCACUCCCAUCGCCUGAAUUUUGGGGCAUCCCCAUAGAAUCAAACGAAACAGGAAAAUUUCAGCCUCCUCCAAAAUAUUUUAAUAUCAACCCCCAUUACUUUGGGUUGCCUUACGAUAUUUUCAUAUUUGGCUCAAGCGAAGCAAAACUCUCCUAUCGACAAAUCACAACGACAGUCCCCCCAAUGUGCUAUGAUGAAUGUAAUGACUGUGCACUGGAGGCACAGAGGAAAGGUAAGGUGCCGGGACUGUGCAGCCCGGGAUCGGAUUUCCAGGAACUGAAGGGCCUCUGUGAAGCAUGCAUACACAAUCAUUCCGAACCGACAGAGUUCUCUAUCACUGCAGUGUUGCCAGAUUUUGUCCAGUUUCUAUCCUACUGCGGGGAGACAAUUGCAGCCAGUACGAUCUCCGUUUCCGACACAAAAACAACGUCGGCAGCUUCUGUUGGGAGGUCUGCCACUUUAUCAUGGAAGAACUACAGUGUUACUGCUUCAGGGAGUCAACGAAUUACAGCUGAAGCUCGCCCGUCUCUUUCAGCAUCUUCAUAUAGGCAUGUGCGAGAACUUCAGAAAGUGCUUGGAUUUAAGGUGCUUGAAUGCUUGAAGGGUAUCACGUCCCCAGAUGCCGGGUACCUUCGAUUUUACCUCUCGUCAACCAUUUCAAGAUUGGCUUGUCACGGAAACAUCUGGCAACCAACUAUCUACCGGGUAGUAAAAAGAGCCUCGGCACCGCAUCUGUUCUUCGGUUUCGUCUCAUGCACUAUAGCAGUCAUCGAAUCUUAUAGUCGGCAGGUCGCCCUUUUGCCAUCUCUGCUCGUCUGCUUGGGAUCUUGCCAGCGUGAGGAUUUGUAUGGGAAUUUGGCAUAUACCGAAGGCAUGAGCCUUGGUCUGAGUAAAUGUAUGACAUACAUUAUACACAGCCUGGUAACAUCACUCAAGUGGUGGUGGCUAAGAGCAGAGCGGCGAUCACAGGCUUCUUGUGAGGCUAAUAUCACCUACACGAAUACAGCGGUGACCUGGAAGUCGAUCGAAUGUUCUCUGCCAGAUACGGGAGAGCUCAUCUACUACGAACAGAUGCUGCCGCCUUCUAUCGUCCUCUCUACGUCCAAUCGCACGGCCUUCAUGUCCUCCUUCGAUAGUUCACGGGCCAAUGACCCCCUACCCCUUACGAGCAACAACGACAGCACGCAUCUCCAUUAG